AUGGUGCAGGUUAUAAAAGACACGGAUGAAUUGAAAACAUUUUUGAAAUCUGCUGGAUACAAACUUGUAGUGGUUGAAUUUUCAGCAAAAUGGUGUGGUCCCUGCAAAAGAAUGUCUCCUCUUUUUCAUGCACUGUCUCAACAAUACCAAAAUGUAAUGUUUGCUAACGUGGAUAUUGAUGAUUCUCCGGAGUUGGCCAAAACUUGUCAUGUCAAAGCAAUACCCACAUUUCAGAUGUUCAAGAAAAGCCAGAAGAUUUUUGAAUUUUGUGGAGCUGAUGCUAAAAAAUUGGCAACGAAGAUUCAAGAAUUAAUGUAA